UAACUUCUUUACUAUCUCCCUGGCUGUAGUCUUAUAUUACCGGGACUUUGAUGGGUGUUGAUAGGCAACAGCCUCCUUUUUUAUCAGGUUCUCUACAGGGGUUUGACUCAUUUGGAUCUGGCACCAUGCCAAAUGACACUUGGAAUUCAGCAUAUGUUUGUGAUGCCAUGAAAAGCACCACUGAUGUCGUCGGGAGAGAAAAGUCUAGUUUUGGUUCUACUGUUAUAGAAAAACCAAAGGGUUUCAGAAACAACAUAAUAACAAAUAAUAAAUUUGAUAGCAGACCUUCUAACUUUCAACUGAAUACGAAUUCACAACGCUAUGCUGCCUCACCAAAUAUAUCCAAGUCCCAUGUUCACACACAGCGUCUUAAAUCAUCAAAUCAGUUAAGUUCUGGUUAUAGGUCAGCAGGUCAGUUUCAACCACAUGGGAAAUUCUCAUCAUACACUGCACAUAACCAGCGCAGUUACUGUGCUCGAGAUGCUGGUUUGAACGAUAGACUUAAUGCUAGAAUGUGGAAUGGAAGUGACGGAUUCAAUGAGAAAGAGAAGUCCAACAUUAAUGGAGAGAUUGAAGCCACAACUGAACUAACUCGUGGUCCCCGUGGCCAGGGCAAUAAGGAUGUUUCUACACUGGUUGAGGAUAAGAGGAUAGGUGUACGAAGAGAUCAGUAUAACCUAGAAGAUUUUCAAACCAAUUAUGAUAAUGCCAAGUUUUACGUCAUCAAGUCAUAUAGUGAAGAUGAUAUACAUAAAUGCAUCAAAUAUAAUGUUUGGUCAAGUACCCCUAAUGGCAAUAGGAAGUUAAAUGCUGCUUUUCAUGAUACACAAGCCAAAACAAGUGAUUCAGGCAUGGAGUGUCCGAUUUUCCUCUUUUAUUCUGUUAAUGGGAGCGGGCAGUUUGUAGGCUUAGCUGAAAUGACUGGACAGAUGGAUUUUGCCAAGAACAUGAACUUUUGGCAGCGUGACAAGUGGAAUGGGUUCUUCCCAGUGAAGUGGCACAUAGUGAAAGAUAUUCCUAACACUCAACUGAGACACAUUGUCAUCGAAAGCAAUGACAACAAACCCGUAACACAUUCUAGGGACACUCAGGAGAUUGGACUUCAGCAGGGUUUAAAAAUGCUAAAAAUAUUUAAGAGUUAUUCAGGAGUGACAUCAAUGCUGGAUGAUUUCAACUUCUACGAAAACCGCGAGCAAUCACUUAAGGCGAAGAGGAACCAAAUGCGAGCUCCUCAAACGGAGAUCCACACCCAUCAUGAAUACCCGAAACAUCAAAGAGCAAGAGAAAGAACAAACAGAGGACGUUUUACUCACAAUAGUUUUCCAGACGCCGCAUCAUCCAUAAUCCGUCAAACAAGAAAACUCUCUAUCAAUCACUGAAGGCUACUGUAAUGAAUAUAGAGUAUUUUCAAGUGUCUACCAAGUAUUCUACGAAUAAGAGAAUCGCCGUAGCCAGAAUACGUUUUCAGUUAAACAUUAUUGAAUUUUAUAGUUGGAUGUAGUUUACGCAAUUGAUUUACAUUCUUACUGGAUGAUCGUCAACUAGU